UCAAGUACUAACAUGGCAGGAUCUCAAGCUUCGGAGGAGGCAGUGAUAGUUGGUAAACCUGUCCAAGAGCUGGUCUUGAAUUCUGAAAACUUGCCAAAAAAUUAUAUCUACGAUGAAGGUGGUGCUGGAUUUCGAGAUGCUCUUUUAUCAUCAGAGGAUAUUCCAGUGGUUGACCUUGACCAACUCACUUCUCCAUCUACAGCACAACAAGAACUUGCAAAACUCCGCUAUGCACUCAGUUCAUGGGGCUACUUUCAGGCAAUAAACCAUGGUGUGACAAGCUCAUUUCUGAACAAAUUGAGAGAAGUUUCAAAGCAAUUCUUUGAACUUCCGAUGGAAGAAAAGCAAAAGUAUGCAAGGGAACCAAACGAUAUUGAAGGAUAUGGAAAUGAUAUGAUAUUUUCAGAAAAUCAAAGGCUGGACUGGACUGACAGAGUAUACAUCAAGGUGCAUCCUGAAGACCAGAGGAAGUUAAAAGUUUGGCCCGAAAAACCAAAUGAUUACAGGAGUACUGUACUAGAGUAUACCGAAAGGUUAAGGCUGCUAAAGGAAGUAAUUUUAAAGGCCAUGGCAAAGUCACUGAACUUGGAAGAGAACUGUUUCCUAAACGAAUGUGGGGAGAAACCUUCAAUGUUUAUGAGAUUCAACUACUACCCUUCAUCUCCUAUGGCUGAUCAUGUUCUUGGUCUGAAGCCACAUGCUGAUGGAUCAAUUAUAACAUUUCUGUUGCAAGAUAAAGAAGUAGAAGGCCUCCAAGUCCUCAAAGAUAAUCAGUGGUUUAAAGUUCCAGUAAUCCCUGAUGCUCUCGUGAUUAAUGUUGGUGAUCAAUUAGAGAUAAUGAGCAAUGGAAUUUUCCGGAGCCCAGUACACAGAGCAGUUAUAAAUGCAGAAAAGGAGAGGCUUACAGUAGCUAUGUUCUGCAUUCCAGAUUCAGAAAAAGAGAUUAAACCAGUGGACAAGCUAGUGAAUGAGUCAAGGCCAACAUUAUACAGACCCGUCAAAAACUAUACUAAGAUCUAUUUCCAGUAUUACCAGCAAGGAAAAAGACCAAUUGAGGCUUCAAAGAUUUAGCUUUUAAUGUGCUUGUCCACGGUGGUGAUUCCAAAAACACAAAUAAAUUGAGAAACACACUUUAUUUUUCUCGAUAAAUCCUAAGAUAUGACUGGCAGCUUAAAUUAAAUUCGUGUUAACUUGUAUGAUGAUUUAUUGGGAGAUAUAGUAUGUGGAGUUUAAUUGCAUGCAAUGAGGUG